CCGGAAAUGCGCGUUUGGAUUCCGGCUAGCUUGAUGCUGCUUUAGUUGUUCAGCUUAGCCUGAACUUCAUGUGCCAAACUCCUGACCUCCGAGUCUUAUAAGAUCAUGAGGCGGUUUGAACGGCGGACGGCGAGAAAAGAGGAUAUGGGCGGCUGCUUGAAAGUGAACCUGAGCUUUAGAGAAACCGUCAACAAAACUCGCCGCUUUCUUUCCCACUAAGGUCGGAUUUAGCUAACUAGUAGGACCGAACAAGAUACAACUUCUGCCCGGGCGGCAGCCGCUGUCGGAGCGGGGGAGACGGUGACGGAGGUCGGCGCUCAAAGAACCGUCAAGAAAAGCAGUUUUUACAUUUAACGUACUGGAUAGUUAUUUAUUUUUGCCACAAUGCUCAAGCUGUGCCUACAUAGAGCUCUCCGGCCGGCUGUACAGAAGUUACCGUCGGGACUCCGGCAGGCGCCACCGGCGGCUGCGGGGGUGACAGCGGCGAGGCUGCCGGGGAUAGGGCGCCACACACCGAGCUGCUUAAUGGGAACACACGGGAGAAACGAGCCGGGGGAGCCGCUCAACUCCCCCAAGAGAGCCAAAGAGUUCAUCUACCGACUCCAUCCGAACGAGAGGGCGUGUUUACUGAAGGAGCUGCAGAGUUUCGAGUCCAUAGCUAUCGCUCAAGAGACUCUGGAGACCUCGCCGCCGACUGCAGCCCAGAUCAGAUAUAUUUUGCUCCACAACGCCAUUCCCUUUGUUGGAUUUGGUUUCCUUGAUAACGCCAUCAUGAUCGCAGCAGGAACACAGAUCGAACUCUCCAUCGGAGUCACUCUGGGGAUCUCCACCAUGGCUGCUGCUGCUUUGGGGAACCUGGUUUCAGAUCUGGCAGGUCUCGGUCUUGCAGGUUAUGUGGAGGCUCUGGCGUCCAAACUGGGGAUGCAGGUUCCAGAUAUGACGCCCAAACAGGCGGACAUGUGGCAGACCAGGGUCAGCUCGCACAUGGGUAAAGCUAUCGGAGUUUCCAUCGGCUGUAUUUUGGGGAUGUUCCCGCUAUUUUUCCUGAGCGACGACGACGACAAGGAGAAAGAAAACAAAGCGCAGCCCAGUGACGACGCGGCGUCACACUCCUCCUAACGAGCCACUACAGCUACGCACACGACACCGCCACACCUACAAACUGGAUACUGCUGAUGUCAAACUUUACAACAAGUAUUUACAGUUCGGGUGUUCCUCCGUCCUCCUGCUCAGGCAGCGUUCACAAAUAUCCACUUAUAACUUCUUCUGGUGCUCCAGGCUCUGGUAUUUCCCUCAAGACAUGAGACAUUUGUUAAAUCAAUAUGUCAAAUCCAUGAGAGUUUACUCAUUUAAAAAAGGGAAUUUAUCAUUUAUGAUUCUAAUAUAAAUCCUGCAUAUUAAUCUUGUUUAAUUGAAUGCUUCUCUGCAGUCUGUUUACAGUUGUUCUGAACGGCUAAACUUGAAGACGGAGCAGAAGAGCUGCUGGCUGUUGAGUUAACGUGACUUUAGAAAGUCUCUCCUGGAACACAUUCAUAGUGUUGAAAGCUGCUGCUCACAUUAAAAGUGACAGUUAGAGAGACGAGUUAAAACUGUGACGACUCGCUGCGCUCCACACAGCUGCCAAUCACAGCGUGAAUGUCUGUUUAAGAUAAGGAAAGUAACAGAAACGGCCGUGCACAGUCCCCGCUAAUCUGACCUCAGAAAGGUGUUUUCAAAGCAUGUCUGACACAGUACACCGGCCUCUUUUCUUUUAUCGUAAUCAUCAAACUUCUUACUUUCUUUCCAGUAAAAGUAAACCAGUCGAUUCUCACAGCUACGUCCAUGUCUGUGUCAGAUCAACCAUCAUAUAAGAGAGCUGUGACAUCACAACUUGAUACCAAUCAGAAUGAUGUCACAUCACAUAUUCAUACUCGACUUAAAACAAUCAGAGAGAUCAAAUCAAUGAAAUAUCUGUAUUUUAUUCGUUUGGCGCCAUCAUUACAUGUUCGGACAUUGAUAAUCCUCAGAAUGUCCCAUCAGUGUUCUUCCUAUAUCCCUGGAACCUUGAUGAUCUGAUCUAUCCAUUCAUAUAUGGAUAUAUGUGCUGAAAUGAAUUUAAAAUUCAGUAAUUCCACCAUAAUAACAGUGAGAGUAGCAGUGAGUGGGGGAUAAAUCUGCAAAAACAGAACACAGGUAUCAGAUGUGUAAUUGGCAUCGAUGCCCUGAACUGAGGUUUGGAUACUGGUAUCAUGAGAGACGUCGGAUGGAUCCCUAACAGAUGCAGAACCAGUCUGGUGCUUGUAUCUCCUCUUUAUGAGCCCAGUUUUAAAGACUGUGAGCAGCUUUUCCUUCCUGCUGUGGUUCAGUCCGAAGUCCGACGCACUGAAAACAGGAAUUAAAGGAGUCUUGAGUUAAAUGUUUCUUUUUUGAAUCAGAUCAGUUUGGUUUCCAGUGAGAGGAGAUGUUGGGUUUCUCUCCCCGACGUCGAUGCGUGAACGCUGCCUGAGUAGCUCGCAGGACGGGAAACGAUCACUCGUCUCAGCUGUCGGCUGUAAUUUAGAUUCUUCUUCUUCUUUUCCAAACAUCAAAGCUUCAGCUGCUGAUUACAACUGAGUAUUAGACGACGUCUUGUUUUUUUUAUAAUAAUCUAAUCUACUAAUUUUCAUCGUUUUAGCAGCUGACUGGUCGUUUCCCCUCCUGACAGAAGAAACACCAACUGUAGAUACGAACCGACUGCUCUGGCAGUUGUAAUAUUAUUUCACAUGUUUUAACAGACUGUCUCGUACUGCCUGAUUAUUAUUAUUAUUAUUUUUAACUCAAGUUUACUCAAAACAACAGCACAUGACUUUUUAUCUUCAGCAGACACUUUAUACAUUUGGAAACUUCAUUGAUUUCUUCAUUUUUGGGUCAAAAACUACAAACUUUUCUCCUUAUUUCAGCUGAAACUGAGCAGUUGUUUUAUAGUGACAAAUAUAAAGUCACUUUAUAUAUUGAAGUAUCAGCUGUUUUGUGUGUCUUUAAACUUUAAAAAAAACAAAAAACAAACCUAAUGUAAAUGAAAGUUAAAGGAACAGUGUCAACUGCUACCUCGAUGGGAAUGUUUUUAGUGUUUUGCAUGAAGAACUGAUGUAGCUCUAUAAUCACACUUUUUUAUUUCCAUAUCAGAUGGUUUUUAAUAUGCUGGAAAGUCUUUAAAUGUUUUGUACAGGUUGAGUAUUGAAGAAGGUGCCUAGUGGCGAUAUAUAUAUAUAUAUACACACUAUUCUCAGUUUCUCUGUGUUUACACCAUCUUUUUUCUUUAUUUUCUCUCUCUUGACACUUGACUCGCUUCCAGCCGUCUGUGUAAUUAGUUUUUUUUUUUUUUUUAGUUUGUUUCAUCAGACCUGAAGCUCCAGAUGGUUCAGGAUUUGCCACAUGAGGCCGAGCAGUUUGAACCAGUUUGUAUCAUCAAAAGUCAGUUUAGAAGUUUCAGUUUAUCUCUGCUCUCCAACUCUGCUGCUUUAAGCACAAUUACAAGAUGCUUCUUGUAUUUACAGUCGUUUAUAUCCAGUUUAUUAUGCAGAGCUUUAUUUUUACUGUCCACCUAUUUAUUUGAGUGUAGGAAGUGUAGGACUGCAACCCGGGAGUUUCAGAACUGGACUUUAUGAGAACAUAUAACUCAGUUUAUCAUCUAUACAGGUCAGAAAAUAUAUGGAAAGAGUACUCAUUAAUAUCUUUGCCUUGAUAAGUUUGCCAAAACCUGAGGAAACCAUUGUAAUACCGGCUGUGAUGUUGCUGGUUUUUUAGAGUUUUAGGAGUAACGAUCAACCAAAAUCCCCCAAAAUCAAAAGGAAUUAAAGUCUGUGGGGGGGGAACUUUUUUUUUUUGCAAACAGCUGAACCUUGGAGUGACUGGUGACACACAAAAUGUUUGAACAAUGUUUUUAAUGAGUUUCUGGCAGAAGGAGAUCGUUUAAAUUUGUCAUUGGAUUAACUGUGAAAGCCUCAAGGGACUUUUUUUUUUUUUUUUUGUCGGUCUGUCUCAUUAGAUGAGAUUUCUGGUGGAGGAUGAAGAGAAAGACGACAGGAAGUGUUAUAAUACUAAUUUAAAUCAUGUAGGGAAAUUUGUCAAGAAGGAUUGAUUAACAGUUUGCUCUUUUCACCUUGUUCAACCUGAACUUGUGUGUUUCUCUAUCAUCUGAUGUUUGCGUGUAUUGUUUUGUUUCUCUCUGCUCAUGAUGAUGAUGAUGAUGAUGAUGAUGAUGAUAUUUUGCAUAAUUUCAUUCUCUAAAGAAGAAAAAUGCGAGGAGAGAGAGAAGAAAUGUUUUGAAGCAUCUGAACAAACAUGUUUAAUCUCAUCGUGUCAGUUAAAGGAAUGCUGUGUUGUGCUGCCAUCUUGUGGACAAUCUGGAACAGCAGCAGCUGUUGUGCACUGAUACACGUACUGUAUGUAAUAUAAAAACCAGUGAUGUCGAAGGAUAUAUAUAUAUACAAUGUGUGUAUUUUGCAACAUUAUGUGCAAUUUAAAAUAAAACAAUACUUUUGGGAGUAUUUACCUCUGACUCACCAGGUGAUCUGAGGCUCUUUGUCUUCUCAGUCAGUUGAAGUUUACUCGUCAUCAGCAGCUGAUGAGUCCAGCAGCAAACCAGUUUAACUUACAUCAGAGGGACACUGGAGACACUGGAGCAGCUCUCAGACACAUCCAAAGCAGAGUUCAGCGUCUUGCUCAAAGGCUUUAUGGCUGUUUCGGAGGAAUUGGUUGUGUCGUCUUUCAUUCGCAGGACAGUCACGUCAAAUGUUAGGCAGACUGAGGUCUAGUAAUGUUAGCAAGUGUUGAGAAAGACACUGAAUCUCACACAGCUGCAGACUGUCUUUUCUUCUGAAAUGGUAAGUCAUUUCAUUUUAUGUAGUUAGAGCAAGCUAGGCUAACUAGGUUACCUAGCUUACCUCACUAGGCUAACUAGGUUACCCAGCUUACCAUGUUAUAUGAUCUAUGAGCUAGUUACCCAGCUCAUAGAUCAUAUAACAUGGUAUAAAUAGCUAAAUAUAUUGAAGACAGGUGUGAGAGAUUUAUCUGUAGUGUUUAAGUCAUACAGAACAUUUUAUAUGGUAGCGGAUGACCAGUCUGAAGUCUCUGAAGUGCCUUAGAAAUAAACAUUUAAAGCAGUUUCACAUGUUCAACCUUGUAAAACAUCUGUGAUCAUUUUUUGGUUUACUAGCUAUUGUCAUAUUUCAUUUCUCUAAUAAAUUGUAAAUUCAAACAUAUUUUCAGGUUGGUGCCGAAGCUCAGACUGUUCAUCCACUACAAUCUGACCUGCAGGCUUUACUGGUUUUUCCUCCAGUUAAGUAUUGGAUAUUUCCUUUUUUCACAGAAUCAACUUAAGUUUAGCUUUGUUCACAUUAGUUUACCUCAGCCAAAAGAGAUUUGUUCUUUAGACCACCAGAGAAUGAGAAACAUGAGAAACGAUUCUACAAAAAUGAAAAAAAUUGAUGGUUAAAUUUCAAAAUACUGACCUUUAUUUUGGUAUUUCACCCUUUUGGGGCAUUAUUGGAUGCUAAAAUCAGUAAUGUAAUCAAGUUUGACAGAAUGAAAAUACUUAAUAAUGAAAUUCAGGUAUCUGCAGUACACUGUCCCAAUAACUGAAGCUUUUAUUUGAGUAGUUUCACUAAAAUAAGUCCACAACUGUUUAUAUGUGUGCCAGCUAAAUACAGCCUGCCAUCUGCACACAGGCUUUACUACAACAGACCAAUACAUUACUCCACAAUACUCCAUUUACUACAGCUAAGUAGUAACACGGAACUUGCAGUAACAACCUUUAUUACUACCAUGGACUUUAAAGUGUUUGCUAAUGCACAGCGUACAGUCGCUACAUACUGUAGUUGAUCGGUUAGCAAGAUGCAACAACAAAGUGGGAAAGAGGUGAAGGCCAACAAACUCACAGAUCACGUCUGUCUGCAACAAUAAUUCAUAGUAGCUGUAAUGGUAAUCAUUUUUAGUUUUUGUCUGUUUUAAAAGUGCUUUACAGGAAGUAAAUGCUUUAAAAAAAAAUACAAUAAUAAAAGACCAAUUUACAAAAAGAAAGUAAAUAAAUAAUGACCCACCAUCAACAGCUGACAACAGACUUCAUCUAUCAGGUCGUAAACGUCUGCAGUUCCUGGAUCUGUUCAAAAAGCAGGUUUAACAAACUCUGAACCUGAGAUGGGAAAGUUUUCAGUUUCUGAACAAACGAUCAGAGUUCAAUCAACUCCCAGUAUGUUAAGACUUAAACUCGUGUAUGGUUCUAUAAAAUCAUGAUCAAUGGAGCUUUUUAUAUAUUUUUAUAUGUUUGAAGAAGUUUUUCAGGGUCCCAUCACGGGUCUGACAGGCAAUGCUUCCCCCUUGUCGACAUUAAUAUAAUCACCCAGAGAGUUAUUGAAAAUUAAAGAUUACAUGAAAUUUAAUUGAAAUUUCAUUCUGCAUCUUCUGAGAUAUAUAAUCCUUCUCACAAUGUUACUGAAUUCACCAUUAACUAUUCACCUGAACAGUUAAUGAUGUUGUAUAUGGUAUUACUGUAAUCCUUGACCAUCAAAACAUGGGGGGGGGGGGGGGUAGACAUCACCUUUUCUGUGUUAUCAUGUUUGGUUCAGGUGAUAUGGUGCAAAAUACAUAAUUCAGUUAUGCCAGAAAGCAAAAUGGCCGCCACAAAGUGUUUUUGCGAUGGCUCCAUUUUUGAAAACGUUGACGGCCCCAAACUGUACAAGUGUCCCAAGUUUCAUGCUUUUAUGAAAAAGUGAACAUAAUUUUCACAUAUCACCUGGACUAAUGAUGAUUAUAAUAAUUUUAUAAUGAUCCUUUU